GCAAAAACUCAAUCCUUCUCUCUCCAUGUACUCCUUCGACCUCCUCGAGCUGCUCCGCGAGACCGAUACCACGCUCCAAGCCUCCCCUCUCCCCGCCUCUCUCCCGCCUCCCGCCAACUACACCUCCAAUCUCGCGAAGAACCUGACAACUCGCUGCUGGGCGGCGGCGAACAACAUCCACAUGGUGGGCGGCAGCGCCGGCUUCCUCAGCAACCGCGCGGAUUUCGACACGCCCAUGACGCUCAUGAACCAGAUCAAAUCCACCGUCCACGUCUACGAUGGCUGCCUCUACGGCAUCGUGUCCCGCGGGAACGAGGCGCUCUUCGCGACGGUGGGGAACGAGCUGAUCGCGGGGCAGUCGCUGCCGAUCGUGAAGGUCUGGAAGAGCGACCGCCGGCCGCUGGCGCCGUUCUGCUCGUUCGGCGGACACACGAGCUUCGUGCACUCGCUGCAGUUCCUGCCGUCCGCGCCGCUGCUGGCGUCGUGCUCGGACAAGCUGUGCGUGUUCGACUUCCAGAAGCAGCAGGUGCUGACGCAGUGCAGCGGAGGCGGCGGGUUCACGCACAUGGCGUCGUCGGCGAUGUCGAUCACGGCGAAGGGCGUGGACGGUUCAGCGUCGUGGCAGCAGUUGUACUGCACCACCAAGAGCAACGAGGUCGUCUGCUACGACGUGCGGCAGAAGUUCUACGACGUGCUCGUCAGCGCGCGCUUCCCCUUCGCGGCGCGCGUCUCGACGAUCCGCACGCCGACGGAGACGCCGGUGCUGUGCGCGCUGACCACGUUCUCCAACGAAUUCUUCGCCACCGCGUGGAACUCCGGAGUGAUCGAGGUCUUCGCGCAGCGCGUCGCCACGCCUCUGUUCCGCUGGCAGGCCCACGCGUGCCACGUGGUGAAGCUGGUCUUCUUGGAGCGGUCGAAACUGCUGUCGGCGGGCACGGACGGCUCCGUUUUCGUUUGGAACCUCGCAGGAACCGCGCCCAAGCUCUUCGCCAAGCUAGGAGGGCUGGCCACCAUCGGAUCGGCGUAUGGGCUGAGUGUGACGGAGUAUGGGAGCGGGUUGGGCGUGAUGUAUGCAAAUGGAGACUCCAUGUUCGCAUGCAAUGAUCUGGAUUUGAGGGAGUAUAUGAACGUCGGGGGAAUGGACGUACAGACGCUGACGAUGAGUUCGAACGUUCUCUGCGAUGGAAUUACCACCAAGCCGCUGAGUAAUCUGAAGCUUUGCGCGAAUGCGGCUUGUCCUUUACGAAGAAUCGCGCUGUGCGGUUCGGAGAGUGGAAAUUUGUAUGUGGUCCAGUGGAUUUGUUUGUUUGACACGGUUUUAUCACUCAGUCAUAUUACUCUUGUUUCACAAGGAUGUCUGUGCAGACGGGUGAGCCGAAGUCUGAAAAGAAUGCAGGUACACUGGCUAGCUGUUUGCGUCAACAAUGUAGUUUCCUUGGAAAAAAGUCCCAGAACUGAUGAUUUGUUGGCGGGGUAUGAGACUUAUUUGGAUCGUUGA